GAGCAAGAUACCAUCUCGAAAAAAAAAAAAAAGAGAGCGAGAAUCCUUAAGACACACCUUCUUUGAUGCCCUCCUGAGAAAUGUCAAGAGUAGCCAAUAUAGUCACCCCAAUCAGCUGUGGUGUCUGGGCCUCUAGUGUUUUAAGGUUCUAGGCAACUCAGCCUCUCCCAGGAGAUGCUGAUUUACUUUUCUCAAGAUGCAUUAAGACUCAUCAGAACAAUAUCUGAAAAAUCCCUUUUCAAAGAGAAGCAAGCAGCCUUCCAGCCCCAUGAUGUUAAUACACAGGGUUAGGCAGCCUGGCAAGUGCAUUGUGGCCCCCACUGAAGGAUCAUGUGGUUUCCAUAGCAACAGUCCUUCCUUUCCAGGGAGGAUUCUAUCAUCUCUCCUGCCCACUCAGGCUUUCUAGAAUGAAUUGAUUUUUGUGACUAUAGGUGUUUGUCCUUGAUCCUGCAAAGAGAAAAGACAUAUUCAUUUAAAACAAACACCCCCCCCCACCCCACAACUGACUGCAGCUAGAAUACUGCAUUGCAUCAGCCAGUCUUCCUUUCAGUUUAAAAUUCCAUGUCCUUUCAUCAUUUUGCUGUGUUCUCUAGCUUUAUCCAUCAUUGUAGAAAACAAGUUUCUCUGACAGUAAACAAACAGAUGGCAACUCCAUCAUCCUAAAACUGGCUGUAACAGGGCUGUAAAAUUAAGUGUCCAUGGGGCUCCCAGAAAGCCUAGGCUUGCAUGGUAUGUGUGGCUGACCUGUGAGUUACAAUUGGAGGGGCAAGAGAAGGCUUUCUAUACACAGAUGUGGCUCCCCAUACAGUGUCACAGUCUCUGAAGUGUUGCCUUUUGAGGUUUGUUUUCUUAGGUUAGUUAGGAGAAUACUAACUGCUAUCCUGUCGGUAUUCUCCUAAAUUGCCACUACUCCUGGGAGGGAUAAUACAUUAGGUUACUAAUACUGAAAGAACUUGAGAAAGAGGGGAAGGGGUGCAGCAGGAAGGGAAUAAAAGGUGCUCUGAAGACCACCUUUGUGUGCUUCACAGUGCCAUCUUCUGCAAGAGGGGAAGUGCAGGUCUUCAUCUCUGUCUCUCUCUCUCUCACACACACACACACACACACACACACACACACACACACAGUGCAGGAUGCCUUCUGACAAUUACAAUGCAGUGGUGAAUUCACCAACCAGGUCUGUUCCCUGAAACACCUACAUACAAUCCCGCUGGAAGACCUUUGAAACAGCUCUGCAGUGACUAAAAACUCUGUACCCAGCACCACUUGUUUAACCCUACAGUUUCCACAGACUAAAGGUCAUUUGGUUAAUAUGAAAACACCAGAUAGAUUGCUUUGUUAAAUAAAGUGGAUUACAGUGAAUCUGUUCACUUUUAUGUUUCAUAUUGCCCUCAUUCCACAAAUCACAGAAGAUAUUUAUUUUUCCCCCAGUUAAAUUCUUUUACCACAACGAUUACAAACAAACGUCUAUAUAACCAAAAUGUUAUUCAGCCUAUUUUGAUGGAGCACAUGUUAAGUGAUGUUUAAUGGGACAUAAUUUGAACGUAAAAUUCUAUCAGUGCACUGUUUUCAAGUCUUUGAAUCAGGCCUCCACCUACAGAUGUUGGGAGCAGGUCAUACUAAGGGUCACUUUGUAAAAGACAGGAAUCUUAUCCCUGUAAUUGACAGGAAACUGACCAUAUUCAUCAGAGUUCUCCAAAGAAACAGAACUAACAAUGUAUAUACAUUUAGGAAGAAAGACUUGGGGAACCCAAACUCUGAUGGGAGAAGCUGGCAUGCUGGAGGCCCAGGGAAGAGUUACAAUUCUAGUUCACAGAAUUCAGUUACAAUGGGAAACAUUUUUGAAAAGCUCAUUAAGAGUCUACUUGGGAAAAAAGAGAUGCGGAUUCUUAUAUUGGGUUUGGAUACAGCUGGAAAAACCACCAUCUUGUAUAAAUUGAAGCUGGGGGAGACUGUGCCUGCCAUCCCUACAGUAGGUCUGAUUUUUGUGGUUGACAGUAAUGACAGAGAGCAGAUUGAUGAGGCCUGGGAAGUACUAACUUACUUAUUAGAGGAUGAUGAGUUCAGAAAUGCAGUUUUAUUGGUAUUUACCAAUAAACAGGAUCUCCCUAAUACUAUGAACGCUGCAGAGAUAACAAACAAGCUCGGCCUCCAUUCCCUCCGCUACAGAAACUGGCACAUUCAGGCUACUUGUGCCACCACCGGACAUGGGCUUUACGAAGGCCUGGACUGGCUCGCCAACCAGCUCCAGUACCAGAAUUGACCAGAAGGAUCUAUUCUUUGUGCCUUGUGGCCACAUCGGUUGGCCUCUGCUGCGUGCAUGUGUACCUGUGUGCUGGGAGUGGAGGCAGCUUUCUCACAGUGCCUUAUCCAUGCCAUAAGAAAAGCAGUGUUACAUUUUAAGAAACCCAGUGUUAAGUUUUAAACACCACCUUCCAUUUCAGUAGCUUUGAUGAUCAUUUUUGCAAUUGAUGGAGAAGUCCAGAGGGCUUGCUGGUGCUCGAAUGCCAGAGCGGGCUACGUGGCGGAAAGGAGGAGAAGAGUUGGAGCCGGAACUGAGUUCAGCUGUUGCAAUCCUGGUCUGGCAUCUGGAGUCCUGUUAGUCUUUGGCGUCCUUUCAUAAAAAGGGAGGAACUGUCAUUCUUUUUUUUUUUAAAAAAAAACCAUAUUUUUACUGUACCUUUUCAUGUUUAUUUUUUAUUAAAAAUUUUCUUUUUUUUUUGAAACAGCCUCCCACUCUGUCGCCCAAGCUGGAGUGCAGUGGUACGAUCUCAGCUCACUGCAACCUCCGCCUCUUGGGCUCAAGCAAUCCUCCCACCUCAGCCUCCUACAGGUGUGCACACCACACCUGGGUAAUUUUUGUACUUUUUGUGGAGAUGGGGUCUUGCCAUGUUGCCUGGGCUGGUCUCUAACGCCUGAGCUCAAGGGAUCCACCCACCUCAGCCUUCCAAAGUGCUGGGAUUACAGGCAUGAGCCACUACGCUCCCCAGAAAUCAUCAUUCUUUACCAUCACUGCCGGAGCUAGCAGCUCACUCUUCAGUGCUUUAAAGCAAAUGAUCCUCAGGAAAGAAAAGGUACUUGCUUAUUGCAGGUGCAAAGAGGUUCAGAUUGGUGGAACUUUUCCCUGAUGCUAUAUUUUAGCCCAGAGUUCCUGAUGUAAGAUGCUUUAUUUAAAGGUAUCAGUGAGCUUUUUCACUGGCAUAUCAAGACUUCGUAACACUAGGAAGGUAUCCAGCCUUUUCCAUAUGCUAGUUCCUUCCCUUAUUUGCCAGAUGGGGACCCUGUGGGGAGGUGACCCAGUGUGAGGCCGAAGCUCUUUCCCAGAGCCCCGCAGGCCAGCGGAGGGUCGUGUUUGCACUCUGGGCAUCACCGUCUGGGGUCUCGGUCCUCUGUGACUGCAGCUCCCACAUCCCUGCUCUGAGAUAAAUGUUCUUCCCGUGAAGCAGACGGUUCACUUUUGGGAUGGCGCUGUCCCCAGGUUUGGCUGUCUCAGUCCAGAUGAUGGUUUUGGUUACUUUCCAUUCCCAGAACCACACGCCUAUGAGUUCUGAGAGUUUGUGACAGACUCAAGGGGCUAAUUUGGGAGAUGUGAGAUUCCCAGCUACCCCUGGUAUUGCCCCCGAGUUAGUGGCAAAUUUCACUAUGGGAAAUAGCUCUUGUAAAGACCAAGCUCCACCACAUUGCCUCCCUCUUUUGGAUGGCCAUGGCAUCUCAUGAACCACUUGGAAAUGUGUUUUAUGUUGUUCUUCAAAUAUUAAUAAAAAUGUCCUGGAGAGGAGGUUCACUAA